CCCCAUAAUACUCCCACUUCACUUCACCGCAUAGUGCUAUAUUUCUUCUAUCCAUGGCUUCCACUCUGUGGGUCUUCUUCCUCAUAGCAAUUGCUCUCCCCGGUCCGGUUCGACCGGCUCCUCAAGUUCCUUGUUACUUCAUCUUCGGCGACUCGCUCGUCGAUAAUGGAAAUAACAACGGCAUUGCUUCCUUAGCGAGGGCAAAUUACUUGCCUUACGGGAUCGUUUUUCGGGGCGGACCGCCCGGCGGGUUCAGCAAUGGGCUCACCACCGUCGAUGUUAUAUGGUGGUCGAAUAACCUUCAGCGGGCAGGUUCAGAACUACGUACAGGCAGUAAAUCAGAUAGUGGAGAUGUUAGGAGACGAAGACAGUGCUGCAAAUUAUCUAAGUAAAUGUAUAUUUCAAGUAGGAAUGGGAAGCAAUGACUAUUUAAAUAACUACUUCAUGCCCGCCGUCUACUCCACCGGCCGCCAGUACACGCCGGAGCAGUACGCCGACGCCUUAAUCCAGCAGUAUUCCCAGCAAAUAAGGACACUCUACAACUACGGCGCAAGAAAGGUGGUGAUCGUCGGAGUUGGUCAGGUAGGCUGCAGCCCAAGCGAGCUCGCUCAAUUGAGCUCCGACGGCUUCACGUGCAUCGACCGGAUCGACAGCGCCAUCCAAUUAUUCAACAGAAGGCUCAUACAGCUGGUGAAUCAGUUCAAUCGAUUGGAUGGUGCUCAUUUCACUUUCAUUAAUGCUUUCAAUAUUUUUCAGGACAUCAUCACAAAUCCAGCUUCUUAUGGGUUGAGGGUGACAAAUAGAGGGUGCUGUGGAGUUGGGAGGAAUAACGGUCAGAUAACCUGUCUGCCUUAUCAGACUCCAUGCCCGAACAGAGCAGAGUAUUUGUUCUGGGAUGCAUUCCAUCCCACUGAGGCAGGGAAUAUAAUUAUAGGGAGGAGGUCUUAUAGUGCUCAGUCUUCUUCAGAUGCUUAUCCAAUGGAUAUUCGCCACCUGGCUCAAAUUUAAUUUAGAUUUUAUUCAGAAUAAAUUAUAUUUGUUAUAGUUGUUUUUAUAGUAAUAAUACUUAUGGAAUUGUAUUUUCUGUUGAAAUUUGUUUUUGGCUUGGAUUAGGGUUUUGAUUAGUUUUAUGAGAG